AUGGAAAAUAUCGAGAUUCGAGCAUUCCACCAGACGCUGCGCACCUACAUGAACGACCGCGUCUGGGACUUCCACUUCUACGUCAGCAAGACGUGGCCCGACCAGCCAGUGUGCCUGCACUUCCCUGGGAUGACCAAUUCGCCGAACGGCCGACUGUACGAGAGCUUCUCGGUGUUCUGCCCGGCGGACCGCCUGGAGGAGCUGUCGCUGCUGGAGGAGGAGGACACGCUGCUGGACUGGUCGCAGCCGCUCUAUCUCAACUUCACGCACAGCGACAUCGUCGACCGUCUCGAGGCCUUCUACAGCCACAUCGGCACCGUCGAGAAGGUCCACGGCGACCUCUACGUGUACGAGCCGCCUGCCGCCGCAGACGCCGCCCCCAACGAACCCAUCGAAGAGCUGAAUGCAGAGGAGGCCGAGGUGCGGCAGCUGAGCCCGGAACAUGCUGAUGCCAUCCACGACUUGUACCCCGCAAAUGACCUCGAGAGCAUCGAGGUGUUCCGCCGGCUGCUGUCUGCGCUACCUGCCUAUGGAGUAUUCUCGGCAACGGGCGAGCUGGCUGCCUGGAUGGUGCAGUCCUACUAUGGUGCCAUGUUCUCCAUGCAAACACGGCCAGAGUUCCGACGCAAAGGCUACGGCCUGAUACUGGCUCGCCGGCUGUCAGCAGCAGUUGCCAAUCGUGGCUACCAGCCCUUUGUCGUCAUUCGACCUGAGAAUGAUGCUUCGCUGGGAUUGUAUGCCAAGCUGGGCUUCCGGAGGAGCUACUCGACAGUGCGAGUCAUCUUCCGGCCGCACGCAGUGGCUCGUGACAACAGCUAGGCCACUGCAGUCGUCGACGCCACAUCCCCCUUCUCCGUCACCUGCUUCACCCUGCGUCUUCGCCCUGCCAUGCCCUGGGCACGGCUAGCACCGACGUGCCUUUAGCUGCCCUCGCACUUCCAGAGAUAAAGACUUUCUGCCCCAACACCUCUAGUCAGCCAGAUUUAGCGCCUAGCAUAUUACCUGUAAAGAACACUGAGCCAUUUGCUGCACUGUAGUACCUGACUUUGCUUCUGUGAUGUUUGGCUACAUCAAGACAUACUGCAGCAAACCUGCAUUUUGACUGGAGAGAAGCAGCUGAGCAACUGGCAAAUGACAGUGCACCAGUCCUCUGUUUUGUUCUGUAGGAGGAGUGGUACUUCUGUGCUGGUAUAACAUUUAAAUCUCCCAGUAGUAGGAACAUUUAAAAAAUUUCUCUGCACCGACUGCCAUACAGUUGACAUAAAAGCUGUGUUCUGUGCCAUUUUUGCUCUGGCGACACUAUUAGUAUUUGCUGAUAAUUUUCAUAUUCGAUAGCCUCAAUUUCACCAUUCAAAUAAAAUACUGGAAACGUCGUCUCCCUAUUCUGUGUUGCUGCAUUGGUAAGUCCCACUAUUAUUUGACAGUGAUGAGCUGUGAUACUCUGUAUCUAAGCUGCUUACUGGAUUAUCACAAUCAGUUAAAAGUACAUCUGAUUCAUUUAUUUAAAACUGCACAAUGAUUUCCACAGUUGCUGGUGGGCCACAUGUCAAUGUCCCUGAUUCUUGUAAUUUUAACAUGACUCUUAUAAACAGUUUAGAGUAUGUUGUUGUUUCAACCAGAAGAUAAACAAUGUUCAAAAUGCAUCAUCAAAAUUGAAAAAUAAACAGCAUGUGACUAUUUGUUACAGUGUAA